GCAGGGCGGGUGGUGUUUCCGUUGCUUGGAGUUGGGCUGCGAGCAGCUGCUGGGAGCCUACUGCGCUUGCAUCCCUGCCCUGCCCUGCGCGCCGCCGCCCCGCGCUCCGCGGCUUUCCCGGAGGUUCGGAGCACUUGGGUCCCUCUGUCACGCUUGGGUUUGCAUCACCUUUUCCUGACCUGAGCAGUCGCCAUGGCACAGGUUAAGGGCACUGUGACUCCCUUCCCUGGAUUUGAUGAGCGGGCUGAUGCAGAAACUCUUCGGAAGGCCAUGAAAGGCCUGGGCACCGAUGAGGAGAGCAUCUUGACUCUGUUGACAUCCCGAAGCAAUGCUCAACGUCAGGAAAUCGCCACAGCUUUUAAAACUCUGUUUGGCAGGGAUCUUCUGGAUGACCUGAAAUCAGAACUGACUGGAAAAUUUGAAAAAUUAAUCGUGGCUCUGAUGAAACCCUCUCGGCUUUAUGAUGCCUAUGAACUAAAGCAUGCUCUUAAGGGAGCUGGGACAAACGAAAAGGUACUGACAGAAAUUAUUGCUUCGAGGACACCUGAGGAACUGAGAGCCAUAAAACAAGUCUACGAAGAAGAAUAUGGCUCAAGCCUGGAAGAUGACGUGGUUGGGGAUACAUCAGGGUACUACCAGAGGAUGUUGGUGGUUCUCCUUCAGGCUAAUAGAGACCCUGAUGCUAGAAUUGAUGAAGCACAAGUUGAACAAGAUGCUCAGGCUUUGUUUCAAGCUGGAGAACUGAAAUGGGGGACAGAUGAAGAAAAGUUUAUCACCAUCUUUGGAACACGAAGUGUGUCUCAUUUGAGAAGGGUGUUUGAUAAAUACAUGACUAUAUCAGGAUUCCAAAUUGAGGAAACGAUUGACCGAGAGACUUCUGGUAAUUUGGAGCAACUACUCCUUGCUGUUGUGAAAUCUAUUCGAAGCAUACCUGCCUACCUUGCAGAAACCCUCUACUAUGCUAUGAAGGGAGCUGGGACAGAUGAUCAUACCCUCAUCAGAGUCGUGGUGUCCAGGAGCGAGAUUGAUUUGUUUAACAUUAGGAAGGAGUUCCGGAAGAAUUUUGCCACCUCUCUUUAUUCCAUGAUUAAGGGUGAUACGUCUGGGGACUAUAAGAAAGCCCUCUUGCUGCUGUGUGGGGGAGAAGAUGACUGAGGUACCAGCUGGAAAGAGAUUCCUGUGCCGUGCCUGCCACCACCACCAUGACCUUCCUUCACAUCUCGCUGCACUUUCUGUAUGCUGGUGCUUGACACAUUGCCUUAUUCAUACUAGUAUGCUAAUGACCAAAACAUACAUGUUGCA